GUCUCUCUCCUCCCGCUGUACCCUUCUCACUUCUGGGAAGAAGAAAGAAACCACCAUUAAAAUUUCUCUGAAUCUCACCCUCGUCGCAUUCUACAUUCUUCCCCAGAUUCACCAUUUUCGCCUCGCCAACAAUGCUCCGAUCUCUUGCCAGGGGGCUCCAGCUCGUGGCCCCCGUCGCAUUCCGGAAGCGCGUGGCGUCGUUCUCCACCGGCGAUGGCGGAGGAGGUGCCGGCGGCGCCGCAAGUGGCAGGAGGCUUGUGGGGAAAGUGGCCCUUAUAACUGGAGGAGCGAGUGGGCUUGGUAAGGCCACGGCCCAUGAAUUCAUCCAAAAUGGAGCCCAAGUCAUCAUCGCGGACAUCGACUCGGAGCUUGGCCCGCAAGUGGCCCAAAGCCUAGGCCCCUCGGCCUACUUUGUGCCCUGCGACGUGGCCGACGAGGCCCAGGUGGCUGAUGCGGUGGAUGCCGUGGUGACCCGCCACGGGAAGUUGGACAUCAUGUACAACAAUGCCGGCGUAACAGGCCCGGUGUAUCCCCCAAGCAUUUCCGACCUUGACCUAGACAAGUUCGACGAGGUCAUGAGGAUCAACGUCCGUGGCGUGGUCGCUGGGAUAAAGCACGCGGCGCGAGUCAUGUUACCGAUAGCCUCGGGGUCCAUCCUGUGCACGUCUAGCAUCAGCGGGAUCAUGGCGGGGCUAGGGCCUCAUCCCUACACGAUAUCAAAAUUCGCUAUCCCUGGGCUCGUGAAGUCGGCUGCCGCAGAGCUGUGCCGUCACGGGGUCAGGAUCAACUGCAUCUCGCCCGCCCCGAUCCCGACGCCGAUGUCAGUGAGCCAAAUAGCACAGUUUUACCCAGGUCUAACGCGAGAGCAAGUGGCCGGUAUCAUAAACAGGCUCGGGGAGCUUAAAGGGGCCCAUUGCGAGGAUGCCGACGUGGCCAAGGCCGCCUUGUACUUGGCGUCAGACGAGGCUAAGUAUGUGACAGGCCAUAACCUGGUUGUGGAUGGGGGAUUCACUUGCUUCAAAAAUUUGAGCUUCCCUUCUCAGGAUCAAGUUGUGUAAUGUUGGCAUUGUAUUAACACCUUCAUAGCCCUUUGCUUUUCUAUUCUUCCCGCUCUCCUUCAUGUGUCUUUUUUAUUUUUAUUAUUAUUAUUACUUAGUGUAAUUAGUGAAGAUGAAUAAAUGAU